AUGUCACCAACGGCGACUUCUCUCGAUAAUGAAUCCGCAAAUAAUAGUCGAGUGGGUGCAAAGGGGACGACUGUGUCAGGCAAAAAGCUCAAAAUCAGGUCGUACCCGAGGUUCGAAAGUUUAGAAGAAGAAAGAUUGUAUCGCAAACAGCAUUUGGCUGCUGCAUUUAGGAUAUUCGCCGAUCGAGGUUUCGAUGAAGGGGUUGCUGGCCAUAUAUCAGUCCGUGACCCCAUUCUUACUGAUCACUUUUGGCUUAAUCCCCUCUCUCAACAUUUCUCUCAAAUCUGUGUAUCAGACCUUAUCUUGGUGAACGAAGAUGGUGAUGUGGUGAUUGGAGAUGAGCCAAUCAAUGCUGCGGCGUUUGCCAUUCAUUCUGAAGUUCACAAAGCUCGACCCGAUGUACACGCUGCUUGUCAUGCCCAUUCUGUCUAUGGCAAAGCCUACAGCGCAUUCGGCCUUCCUCUUGAUAUGAUAACUCAAGAUUCUCUCCGUUUUUACAAAUCACAUAGUGUAUAUGACAAUUUUGGAGGGAUUGUACUUGACCGCGAAGAAGGUAUUCGUAUCGCGAAAAGUUUGGGCAACGGCAAGGCGUGCAUUUUACAGAACCACGGGCUGUUAACGGUCGGGCAGAGUGUGGAUGAGGCAGCCUUCUGGUUCAUUAGCCUUGAUAAAACCUGUCAUGCCCAGCUACUUGUUGAUGCUGCGGCUUCAGGUAGUGGGAAGUCGAAGAAGAUUAUCGGAGAUGAGGAGGCAGCUUUUACUUAUGAUCAAGUCGGAGGACCAGAAAAGGGGUGGUUAGCAUUUCAAGGCUACUAUGAUGAAAUUAUGGCCAAAACAGGUGGGAAUUUUCUAAAGUGA